AUGGAAGAAAUGAUAAGGAAAAAACUUGGUAAUGGAUGGAAAAGUGCAAUCAUCAAUGGCACGAAGCCACCAGUUAAAUUAUGUUUACGUAAAACAUUUAAAUGGUUGCUAACAACAAAUCAACCGAAUGAUUCCACCACCACCACCAAGUUACAUACACCACUUGUGAAAAGAGAUACCCCAUUUAAACCUCUACGGCAACGCUUAUCAGGAAAAAUCAAAGAAGAUACAGUUUAUGACUUAAAAAUGUUAUAUGAUCGAUCAAUAAAUGAUGAUCAAACGGAUGAUCAUCAAAUGAACGAUAAUCGAGAUAACGAUAUUCUAUGA